CACUCCACCAUUCCUGACCAGUACGUAACAUCACUUCCAUCCACCGUCUGCUUUGUGCAUCCACCCUGGCUCGGAUCUCCUCUUCCUCCUUCAUUCAUUCGUGCUGCCCAACAGGAGAUCUAUGUCCUUUCGCCAGAAUUUGUGAACAUACAAAUCCGGCUCACCAUACGGUGGGCGUCACUCAGCCAUCGCAAUGUCUUCCAACCCACCUGCUGUUGGCGGAGCAGACCGCCCUGAUCUCAAACUUCCGAUGCCACCCCCUCCGCUCGUAUCGCGGUCGACCAACGAGUUCUAUGACUCCCCUUCCACCCCGACCCAUGGAAACUUCCUCUCCCCGACUCAAACCCCCCAAGGGAGUCCGAGUAAACAUCUCCAGCCGCCCGGAGCAUAUGAUCUUCCCAACAUCUUCGACAAUGCCAUGAGACUGGUUCCCACCGCUGGCAAUGCGGCGAGAGGACCAGGGUCGCCGACGUCACCGUUGAAGAAUGGAGGCAACACGGAGAUCCCCUUGCCCGAGAGCCCGACUCGGAAGUCAAACAAGGAAAACAAGGAUCCUGGUCGACCUAUGGUCAAGAAGGACCCCAGCUAUCUGAGUCAAGCGGCCGCUUCUCGACAGGAGCAGUACCGCGCACGGGACUUGGAGACAUCACGACAUGCCAACUCGGCACAACGGGGUCUCACACCAGAGGAAUUGGAGAAGCUGAAGAAGCCAUCAGUGAAGCGACUGGCGAAUGUCACACAGCUCUACUUCCUCGACUAUUAUUAUGAUCUCCUCAGCUACGUCCACGGACGUCAGACUCGAUACACCCAGUUCAAAGCUGCCAUUCCAGCUCCACCAGCAACUGAAGAAGCCGAGUACGAUGCGGCAUUGACGAAGUACCUGGGACGGGAACGAGCCAAUCUUCGCAAGCGCCGCACGCGACUCCGACAUGGCGAUUUCCAGAUCCUGACCCAAGUGGGUCAAGGCGGAUAUGGACAGGUGUUCCUUGCGCAAAAGAAAGAUACCCGGGAAGUGUGUGCGUUAAAGGUCAUGAGCAAGAAGCUCUUGUUUAAGUUGGACGAAAUCAGGCAUGUCCUUACGGAGCGAGACAUCCUUACCUCGGCGAAGAGCGAGUGGCUGGUGAGGCUGCUGUACGCCUUCCAGGACGAUAGCAGCAUCUACCUUGCAAUGGAAUACGUUCCCGGCGGUGACUUUCGAACCCUUCUCAACAACACCGGCGUCCUCCACAACCGCCUUGCCCGCUUCUACGUCUCCGAAAUGGUGCAAUGCGUCGACGCCCUGCACCAACUCGGCUACAUCCACCGCGACCUCAAGCCGGAGAACUUCCUGAUCGACAGCAGCGGCCACGUCAAACUGACCGACUUCGGCCUCGCCGCCGGGUUCCUCGCGCCCGCGAAGAUCGAGUCCAUGCGCAUCAAGCUCGAGUCCGUCGGCAACGUCUCCGUCCCCUUUGGCCGGCCCAUGGAGGAGCGAACCGCCGCGGAACGACGCGAGGGAUAUCGCUCCUUGCGCGAACGCGAUGUCAAUUACGCGAAGAGCAUCGUGGGAUCGCCGGACUACAUGGCGCCCGAAGUCCUACAUGGCGAGGAAUAUGACUUCACGGUGGACUACUGGAGCCUCGGCUGCAUGCUCUUUGAGGCGCUGGCGGGGUACCCCCCGUUCGCCGGCUCCAACGUCGACGAGACGUGGCACAACCUCAAGCACUGGAAGAAGGUGCUCAAGAAGCCCGUGUACGACGACCCGAACUACUUCCUCAGCCGCCGCACCUGGGAUCUCAUCACGCGGAUGGUCGCAGCCAAGACGUCGCGGUUCCGGCAAAUCCGGGAGAUCCGCACGCACGAUUACUUCGCGGAGGUGGACUGGCCGCGACUCAAGGAGCAGCGGCCGCCGUUCGUGCCGGAGUUGGAUUCGGAGACGGAUGCGGGGUACUUUGAUGAUUUCACCAAUGAAGCGGACAUGGCCAAGUAUAAGGAAGUGCAUGACAAACAGUCGGCGUUGGAGACCAUGGCCGACCGAGACGAGCAGAUGGGGAAGGGCCUCUUCGUUGGCUUCACGUUCAGGCAUCGCAAACCUGCUACCGAUGAAAAUGGCAACGCCGUGAGUCCCAGAAAGCCUCUUCCAAAACCCGAAGGCACUUUCGGGACCAUUUUCUGAGCUAAGCAUUGGUUAACGCACACACAUCGCUAUCGACACAUAAAUGCAUACAAUUAGUGUCCAGCGAAAGAUGCUAACCGACGCAAGAUGUCCCCAUGGAACGAGCUGUUUUGAUUGUUUUAAGAGCGAAGCCGACGAUAGGAAUGGAGCGGAGUCGAGCGCGGGUUGUCAUUGUAUCACUAGCGGAUUUGGGUUCAUUCUGUUCGGGGUUUCUCAGCGGCGUUUUCAUGCCGCAUGUAUGACUAUGAUGGUAAUGACUGCUCGUUUGGAGCAGGCGAUACUGGGUCCGCAAGCAUAACAGGUUCGGCAGCAUAAAUCAGCAAUGCAAUGGUUUCAAUUGAA